ACUCAUUUCCAUAUCCAUAAUCUUCUUGUUUUUGUCUUUCCUCCACGGCCAGAUAUGGCUGCUCUCUCCGAAUUCUUCUCCCGCCUCUACACCAUGACCAUAGUCUUCUUCACUCUCUUAGUCCUCGAAGUUGUAAUGCUUAUCAGGUCCAUCACGUGCGGCGUUUGUGACUCUGGAAAACGCCUGAUCACAACAACCCAGUACCUUAAAUUCAUUGAAGAAAAGAACCCAACAAUUCGUUACUCAAGAAGAUCAUCGAGGGUGGAUGAUCAGUCAAACGAAUGUGCAGUGUGUUUAUCAGAGCUUGAAGAAGGUGAGACAGUGAGGAAAUUGAAAUGUAAGCAUACCUUCCACAAGGACUGCCUGGAUAGGUGGCUUCAACAGUAUAGGGCUACUUGCCCACUUUGCAGGACUAAAGUUUUGCCAGAUGAGAUUGUGGCUAAAUAUCACAGUCACAGGCUGCAAGAUCAGGUAGAGUACGAUGAGAGUGAUGAAGAGAUGAUUUUCUUGUUAUCUGCAUUACAUGGAUUGUUAAGUUUUAAUAAUUUACUUUGGCUGACAGAAGCACAGAUACUUGGUAAAGUAUUCAAUCUUAUGAAAAUUGAACAUCUUGGCUUCAACGUUCUGGUCCCCAAUUCCCUGGAUUGGAAGAUGAACAGAGAAUUUUGUACUGUGCCAAACUGCCAAUACCUUGUUUUGGGUAUGAAAAUUUAUGAAAGGGGAGUGGAGGCUUUGAUGCAGUUCUUGACACUUAUUAAUAAACAGUGCAAGGCAUUUAAACAAAUUCCAAGUUGA